AUGGCGAGUAAGGCCGACAAGCUCGAUCCCGUAUGGGACGACCUGGAUAGGACGAUGGGACAAUUGUUCAUGAUGGGAUUUGACGGCACCUCAGUCACCCCACAGAUCAAAACGCUAAUAGAGAAACAUCACCUGGGCUGUAUCUUGCUGACUGCCAAGAACCUCAAAUCUGCUGAGGAUGCUACCAAAUUGUGCUAUGAACUACAGAAGAUUGCUCACGAUGCCGGCCAUCCUGUUCCCUUGGCUAUUGGCAUCGACCAGGAGAAUGGAGGUGUCAACAGUCUCUUCGAUGAGAUCUAUAUUCGCCAGUACCCAAGCAACAUGGGUGUCGCCGCCGCUGGCUCCACAGAACUCGCCUUCGAAGUCGCAAAGGCAACGGCGCAAGAGAUAGCAGCUUGUGGUAUCAACUGGAUCUUCGGCCCAUGUCUUGAUGUUUUGACCAACGCUCGAAAUCAACCCCUUGGAGUGCGCACAGCAGGUGACGACCCUCAAGAAGUCUCGGCUUAUGGAAUUGCCUUUAUGAAGGGCUACAAAGAGGCAGGAAUCGUGACGCUCGGCAAGCAUUUCCCGUCCUAUGGCAACUUGGAAUUUCUCGGUUCCACUCUCGACGUUCCCAUCAUCACAGAGUCCCUUGAGCAACUGAGCCUGAGUGCCCUAGUACCAUUCCGCAAUGCUAUUCAGCAAGGCCUUGAUUCCAUGAUGGUUGGGGGCUGCGCCAUGUCAUCUGCUGGUCUCAAUGCAAUGCACGCCUGCUUGUCCGAGGAGGUGGUCGAUGGACUUCUUCGCUCUGACCUAAAAUUCAACGGCGUCGUUGUUUCUGAGUGUCUAGAGAUGGAUGCUCUCAGUCACAAUAUCGGCGUCGGAGGUGGAACCGUUAUGGCUGUGAAUGUCGGUUGUGAUGUAGUGCUCCUCUGCCGGUCCUUUUCCGCACAGCAAGAAGCCAUACGAGGACUGAAGACGGGCAUCGAGAACGCGAUGAUAAGAAAGGAGAAGAUCUACACAUCGUUACGCCGAGUCCUCGCCAUGAAAGCAAAAUGCACCUCAUGGGAAAAGGCUUUGAACCCUCCCGGUAUCAACUAUCUGGAAAAGCUGCAGCCUUCACACAUUGCGCUAUCGACCAAGGCGUACAACAAUUCCAUUACGGUGGUCCGAGACAAAAAUCGUCUGCUUCCGCUAUCCAAUAUCCUAGACAGUGAGGAGGAGCUGCUCCUACUUACUCCUCUCGUCAAGCCAUUGGCUGCCUCGGCUGCGUCUCGAGCUUUAUCUGAAACUGCUGCUGAAAAGUCACCCGAGCCUGCCGUAUGGGAAAGAAGUGCGUCGGUAAUGAGUGGCGAGCGAGUCUUCCGAGAGCUGGGAAGGUCGCUAGCGAGGCAGCGCAGUGGACGUGUAUUGCACACGUCGUACACGGCGAACGGGGUCCGCCCCGUACACGAGAAUCUGAUCAAUAGGGCGAGCGCAAUCAUUGUGCUUACGGCUGAUGCCAAUCGCAAUCUAUAUCAGCAUGGUUUCACCAAGCACGUUUCCAUGAUUUGCAAUAUGCAAUACACGACAGGCGGCGAGAGACGCGAGAAACCACUGAUCGUGGUAGCCGUCAGCUCACCGUAUGAUUUCGCCAUGGACACAUCGAUUGGAACAUACAUCUGCACAUAUGAUUUCACAGAGACUGCCUUAAAUUCGUUGGUCAAAGUAUUGUACGGAGAACUUUCACCGACUGGAACAUUACCUGGCACGAUUAGCAAGAGCCAGAAAUUACAGCAUUCCAGGCAACAUUGGCUGGUCGAAAACUUCAACGAGGACCGAGAUGCCAAUGCGUUGGACACACUUAUCAAGGCAGUGAUGGAGGGAACGCCACCCAACCAGCGCUCUGAGUUGUCGAGCGCCACUUCCAAUUCGUUCAUCCUACACCAUCCAGAGGUGGAAGAGUCUCACUUCGUUGUCCGAAACAGCAGCACGCAGGCUUUGUACGGCUUUUGUUCUACCUACUUCUUCAAGACGGCAGGCACCGGGGUCAUUGGGGCCCUCUUCGUUGAUCCUUCGAGACGAAAGCUUUCUAUUGGACACUCAUUGCAUAAUCGAGCGAUCCGAACGCUGCUCCAAAAGGAAGGCAUCAAGCGUUUCCAAUUAGGCUCGAGGCUGCCAAGUAUCUUCCUCGGUAUUCCAACCGGACACGGAGCUGAGCGGAAGCGGCUGCGAUCUUGGUUUGCCAAUCUGGGAUGGAAUGCAGCGCUUUCCCGGCCGGUGUGUAAUAUGGUCGCGCGCAACCUUCUGAACUGGAACCCUCCCGAGGGCAUGGCAAAGAGUCUAUCCAGUGCAGGAAUACAGUAUGAUCUCGUGUACGGGUGGGAUUAUGCAGGCCCUAUUUUGGACCAUAUCAAGACUAGCAAUCGGCAAGGCCUAGCCGAGGCGUACAAGCUUGCACUGUCUGACCCUUCAGCAUGUGGCAUCAUUCGGGCCAAGCGACCGGAAGACGGCGCAUUGGUAGGUACGGUGGUGCUCUACAAUGCUUCCUCGCGACUAUCGGAGUUCAUCCCCCCACUGAAGGAUUUGAAAGAAGCAGCGGGUGGCAUAUCCUCGCCAGUGAUAUCGCCAAGUGCUGGAGAGUAUUCCACGCUGCUGCAGGGACUGAUUCUGCUGGGUAUGCGGCAGAUCAAGCAGCAGGGGUGCAAUGCCUGCCUGCUUGACUAUAUGGACGGCGAUGGAAACUUUGAUGGAUUCUCCGCCAUGGGCUUCGACGUAAUGCACAAUUUUGAAGAAGUGAGCUGCGAUGCGGCGACGUGGACGCUGAUUCCUCCGUCUUGA